AAUGUGCCUUGGCUGGCUUUGGACUGUAAAAAAGGUGGUCAGGCUGAAGCCGGUGUCAGAGGAAGGAGAAGGAGAAGAGCGGCAUAAGGUCUGUAGGACUUUCGCGGCACUAAUUCAGACCACCAAUUCUUCCCAGGAGGGUCUGGUGUGAGAACAAGAAGAUGUGGAAGGUUUUGGGAGUUCUAGUCUUCUGUGGCCUGCUGAGCCCAACUUUAGGAAUACCUCCAGGCAUUAGGGCUGCUGUAAAUGAUGUCAAACUGUCUCAAGUCCUUAUAGAUACUUGGACCAAAAAUGGCCUUCUAGAGAAUAAUCUGAAAAACAUUGGGUUUUCUGACAUCCAUCUUGGAGGACUGCUCAGUUUAGUUGACAAAGUUGUUGGGCUCAAAAUUGAUGAAGUUGCCCUCACUAGUUAUACGCUGGUCUUCCUUAAUGAGAAAGCAGAAGUGAGUUGGUCUCUUCAUCUGGGAACUAUCAGCAACAUAAUCCUCCCACUUUCCAAUGCGGUCACAAUUUCAUUUGAUGUGCAUGUGAAAUUUGUAGUAGGAGUAACCAACUUUUCUGAUGGACAAUUCGAUUUUAUAAUUCAUUCUUGUGGGAUCACACUUGGGGCCAUUGAUGUCAAGCUCUUGGGUGGUGUGCUUUCAUCAUCACAGAUAUCCACAGUCAAGCAGUCUCUUACGGCAGAUUUACAACGACAAUUAUGUCCCAUUGCACAGCACGUCUGUGAUGAAGUGAAGCUGAAAUGGCUGGACUCUGUAAAUGUGGUUCUUCCCCUGGGCGCCUCUGGGAAUCUGAAGUGUCAGUUAGCAGUCUUACCUACAAUAACACCUGCUUAUGUUGGAAUAGAUCUUGCUUUCCAAUAUGAAGAGUCAGGAGUAAGUGUCUCCACCCCUGACACACAUGUUCCUAUUGCCGUGCCUUCUCUGGACAAGCACAGUUUCUGCCUGGCUAUCAGUCCGGCUGUAAUUAAUAUUUUACUGCAUGUUGCUACCCCCAAAGCACCUCUGGAAGUGAGCAAUAACCCAGCAGUGAGUGAUCUCAUCCACAGAAUUACCAUCGAAGAAAACCCUGCCAUUGCUUUCAGCACUGAUGGUGCCACUGUGACUCUCGUUGCUCACGUCGAGAUUUUAGGCAAGGAGCCAGAUGGAUCUAAAGCUUCUUUAGUUAUCCUGAGAUGUAAUCUUUCCUUGAAAGCCAUCAUUGCUCUGGUCAAUGAGAAAGUGACCCUAAGCCUCUCGCUCUCCGAGAACGUUAUCACGGUGGCAUCUUCGCGCGUUAACAUAAUAGACACUACAGGUUAUUCAGGCCCCAUCAAUAGAUUAGUGAAUGAAAUCCUUUUGCCUGCUUUCAAUGGUCCUCUUUCUCUGGGACUACCUCUCCCUCCAAUCCUAGACAUUUCCCUGGUGGAUGUGAGCAUCGAAACAGUUGUGAACGCUCUGGUGUUUUGCCUGUAAAAGCAGAGGAUCGGUGAAACAGAAACGUCUCUGAACACAACGCCAGCCAGCAAAGGAUGCAAAUCUCUUCAAUGAAUAUUUUUGUUUUAUUGAUCUAAUAAGAUCCCAGCGGACUGGAUCUCUUGCAAUUACCAUGUAAUCCUUUCAAUAAACACAUUGGCUGUUGCUAACAUCUCAUAA